GAACCCCAGCAACAGCGGUGGGAGGAGCAUAGUAACCUUAUCUGACCCUGCUGCUGCUCCAGCCCUGUUUUAAAAACCUGACAGGCAGAAUGACGUCCAGGCACCGCGAAGACAAUCUCUCCUGCCCCCUCUGUGGAAUUAUCUUCAACCAACCCGUUGUGCUCUCCUGCAGACACAGGUUCUGUAAAACAUGCCUCCAAGACAGCUGGAGUACCCAGGACAGUGAGGACGACUGCCUCUCCUGCCCUCUAUGCUGGAGACGUUCCUGCAUGAAUGAGAUUGUGGUAAACACCAUUCUGGAGAAGACCUGCGAGUCCUUCAGGAAGGAGAUGAGCAGCAGGAAUAACCCUAUGGGGUGUAAGGAACAUGGAGAGACGCUCUCACUCUUCUGUCUGGACGAUCUGCAGCCCAUCUGUGUUGCGUGCCAGACGUCGGCGGUACACAAGGGGCACAGGCUCUACCCCAUUGGGGAAGGUGCACACGACUGUAAGGAGGAACUCAAAACUGCAUUGACCCCAUUGAAGGAGAAGCUGCAGCUGUUCAAGAAGGCUAUGGUCGUCUGUGAUCAAACGGCAGAGCACAUCAAGAACCAGGUUGAGCAUACUGAAAGGCAGAUAAAGGAAGAGUUUGAAACCCUUCGCCAGUUCCUGAGAGAUGAGGAGGCAGCCAGAUUGAAUGCUCUGAAGGCAGAGGAGGAUCAGAAGAGUCUGCUUCUAAAGGAGAAGAUUGAGGAGAUGUCCAACGAACUGACGUCCCUCUCAAACACCAUCAGAACCGUAGAGCAAGAGAUGAGGUCUCAGGACAUCCCAUUCCUACAGAACUACAAGGAUAUCAUCAAGAGAACCUGGAAUAUGCCGCUGGAUCCAAAGAUGAUUCCUGGAACUCUGAUUGAUGUGGCAAAGCACCUGGGUUCUGUAAAGUUCAACAUCUGGGACAAGAUGAAGAGCAUCAUUCAAUAUACUCCUGUGACUCUGGACCCCAACACAGCCGCUAGCUGCUUCAUCCUGUCUGAGGAUCUGACUGUGGUCCAGUGCUGCUCCCAGGUCUUCAAGCUCCCAAACAACCCCGAGAGGUUUGACAUCAGUGCUGAGUUACUGGGCUCUGAGGGGUUCUGCUCUGGCCGCCACAGCUGGGAGGUAGAGGUAAAGGCUAACACAUACUGGGUGGUAGGUGUGGCCAGCGAGUCCAUCAACAGGAAGGGCAAGCACGUGCUGACGCCAGCCGAGGGCUUCUGGACUAUACGCUUCCGCAACGGCGAGCACAAGGCGUGCACGGCACCGUGGGCGCCCUUGACCAUGAUGAGGAAGGAGCCUCAGGUCAUCAGGGUGGUGUUGGACAUGGACAGGGGCAAGGUGACCUUCUUUGACCCCCGGGAGAGGACGCCCCUCUAUACGUUUACAGACCUCAUCUCACCCCGGGUGUUUCCUUACUUCUGCACUGCCUGUAAGGAACACCCACUGAGACUGCUGCCCGUCAGGCUGUCUGCUGCUGUGGUGCUCUAGAGGGCUCCAUGGGGGUUCAUUACUAACAAGCAGUGGAGGCUCAAUUACUUACAGAAAGAUCCAGUUGAGUUUACUACCUAGUCCAAGAUGAUGAAGGCUGAUCACUUGGGACAGUCUGGAAUAAAGCAUGUAAUGGUCUUAUGUUUGUGAGUAUUAUGUGUCUACAGAUGAUAUACACUGAGUAUACCAAACAUUAGGAACAACUUCCUAAUAUUGAGUUGCACCCCCUUUGUCCUCAGAACAGCCUCAAUUUGUCAGGGCAUGGACUCUACAGGGUGUCGAACACAUUCCACGGGGAUGCUGGCUCAUGUUGACUCCAAUGUUUCCCACAGCUCUGUCAUGUUGGCUGGAUAUCCUUUGGGUGAUGGAUCAUUCUUGAUAUACACAGGAAACUGUUUAGCGUGAAACACCCAGCAGCGUUGCAGUUCUAAACACUCAAACCGGUGCCACUGGCACCUAAAACCAUACUCCAUUUAUAUUGCCCAUUCACUCUCUGAAUAGCACAUAUACACAAUUGUCUCAAGGCAUAAAAGUAUUUCUUUAACCCAUCUCUUCCCCUUCAUCUACACUGAUUGAAGUAGAUUUAACAAGUGAUUUAAAUAAGGCAUCAUAGCUUUCACCUGGUCAGUGUAUGUCAUGGAAAGAGUAGGUGUUCCUAUUGUUUUGGACAGUCAGUGUAUGUCAUGGAAAGAGUAGGUGUUCCUAUUGUUUUGGACAGUCAGUGUAUGUCAUGGAAAGAGUAGGUGUUCCUAUUGUUUUGGACAGUCAGUGUAUGUCAUGGAAAGAGUAGGUGUUCCUAUUGUUUUGGACAGUCAGUGUAUGUCAUGGAAAGAGUAGGUGUUCCUAUUGUUUUGGACAGUCAGUGUACAUGUUGACUUGAAAAGGUAGCAAGUCUUGAAAUAGGUAGACCUGAAACUAGUUAGCAGCCCUAAAAAGGUACAAGUUUGUCCUAGAAUGCCAGAGCCCUUAUAACUCUGUUCUGAAACACAAAAUAAAAUAACACUGGUGUCUUUUACAAACCUUUAUUUUGAGUUACACCUAAACAAAUGUAUGAAAAUGGAGACCUAGAAUAAUGUUCCCAAUCAAUUCUAUCUACAAUAUUACUCUGAGAAAUUGCUUUAUUACAUAAUAAUAGGGCAACCAUGAUCGCUGACUAAUUGACAGAUUUUGAAGAUAUUGUUUAAAUAAUGCUCUUAUGUAUUGGAGUUCCCUAGUCAGGUUAAGCAUAAAACCCCAAUAGUUCCAGGACACACAGGGCUUCCACAGGGUUCCCACAAGGCACAUAAUAUCAAUGUGUGUGAACCUGAGUGGUCAGUCAGUGCAUAUCAUCCAUUACUUCAAACAUGUUACGUAAUCGGGUUAAGUUUUACAUAAAAAAAAUGUAAUCUCGCAAUCAAAACUCCUACAGUUAGUGUUCGGAAUAAGAGGCAUGUUCUAUCAUACUACUAACACACAGGUAGCAACACCUCAUCCAACAUGGACACUCAAGUAUUGCUAAAAACCUGUUCAGUAUUUUGUUCUUUACAUGGUGGCACACUACUAUUACAAGGUUGGGAGCAAAUAGCCUGGAACACAAUCUUCAAGAGACUGGUAUCUCAACGACUGUGGUAUAUUCAGUCCCAGCUCUCAUUUCCUUUACACUCUCAUUGUAACAAACAGACAAAUGCUGUCAUUGUAACAGACAUCCUGGUUUAAUGUGAAAACUUGCUCUGCUCUAUGUGCAUUGUAGUGUUGAAGGCUUGAACGUUUUCAUUUGGCUAAACUAAGAAACAACACAAAUGAAGAAAUACAAAAGGGGGAAAAAGCCCUCAUCCAACCUUGUCCUUGGACGUUAUUGAUAGUGUUAAAAGAUGGUUUUGUAACAGUACUAAGGUUUCCCUAUUGAUUGAUCAGUAGCCCUUCAGUCCCCUGAUCUAGACUAGAUCCAGGGAGAAACACUAAUACAUGGAGACUUCAGCAAUAACACUACUUAAAGCCUGCAGGUGUACUGCUUUAUAACGUGUUCUAAGCACAGAUGAGCCUUUAUAAUAUGUUAUUUUCCACAACGUAUGAAAAUAUCAACUGACAAAAUUGCUGGAUGUUUAGACAGGAUCAUUAUGAGUUGAUAAGACAUUAUAAGGGGUCAUGCAUGCUUAUGACAAGUCUUACAAUGCAUUAUAAAGGCAUGAUAAGGCUUUUCCACUCCAGCAUAUCACAGUCUCCAGUAUCUGACACCUUGACAGUCACUUUCUUAAAGCCGGUGUGCACUACAUGACUUUCAUGAUCCUAACAUGGCUGAGCCUCUCGCACUAAACGACCGUCUUUCCUGUAGUAUUUUGUUGUCUUGCCAACGUAGUGAUGCCACACUAAACCAUGUGGCACAGACAGGGCUCACACACUAAACCAUGUGGCACAGACAGGGCUCACACACUAAACCAUGUGGCACAGACAGGGCUCACACACUAAACCAUGUGGCACAGACAGGGCUCACACACUAAACCAUGUGGCACAGACAGGGCUCACACACUAAACCAUGUGGCACAGACAGGGCUUACACACUAAACCAUGUGGCACAGACAGGGCUCACACACUAAACCAUGUGGCACAGACAGGGCUCACACACUAAACCAUGUGGCACACAGGGCUCACACACUAAACCAUGUGGCACAGACAGGGCUCACACACUAAACCAUGUGGCACAGACAGGGCUCACACACUAAAUCAUGUGACACAGACAGGGCUCACACACUAAACCAUGUGGCACAGACAGGGCUUACACAGUAGACCAUGUGGCACAGACCGGGCUCACACACUAAACCAUGUGGCACAGACAGGGCUCACACAGUAGACCAUGUGGCACAGACCGGGCUCACACACUACAAGAUUCCUCACUUGGUCGUGAGGAUUGUCCAUACCACCGUGUCUCGCGAAAACAGUUAUGUGAUUAGAUUUAACGUAGCUACAACAAGCUGUGGCUCAAAGCAGUCUCAUAAACGUGUUGUGUAAACCCAGCUUAAAAUAGUCCAUCUCAUAGAGCCAUUCUACCCUCCACUAUAGCACUGUGUAGCUCCUCAUUCACAGCCUCAUAACGCCCUG